CAGUGCUGUAAUGAAUACUGUAGUGGAAGAAGUUCUUUCACACUCUUCAUCCUGGAGCUGCUUUAUGUCCAUGAUCUGCAUGGAAACACAUCUAUGGAGAGGAAAUCCAGCUGCUGAGGGUCACAUCUGCAUCAUUGUAGCUACAGUGGAUGUUUCAGUGUCAGGACUGAAGGUGGAGCUUUGUGCGUGUCAGGGUGAGGCCGCAGCAGCCGCCUCCAACCGGAGCGCUCGGGCGUGAAACUAGGAGGAAAGCCGACGUCCUCCUCUUUCCUCAGAAGUGAUCUGUGGCCGGCCGGACUUCAUUCCACAGAUGUGCUUUAACAAAGUGUGAAGCUGAACUCUGUGACAGUGUGAGCAGUGUGAGAGUGUCAGUAGAUGAUCAGCAGAGGAAAGUGAGAGCUGCUGUGAGCUGAUGUCCUGAAGGGCUUUUAUAGAGUCUCUGAGUUUGACAGGAACAUGAAGAUGUUUGUGGUGUUUGUGAUCCUCCUGCACGUUUCCCAGCAUGCCUCAGCUGUGGGGUCAUAUGAGGGGGACUCGUUCAUCCUGCCCUGUCAGUUCCCCACAGAAAGACUGUUUGAGCCCACAGUGGUGUGGAGUCGCUCCGACCUCAGUCCUCCAACCGUCCACCAGCGUCAGCUUCAAGGAGACGAACUGAAAGAUCAAAACCAGCGUUACAGCGGCCGAACAUCCAUGAAGACUGAUGCUCUGCAGACUGGAGACCUCAGCCUGACCCUGACCAACCUCCAACUGUCUGACAGCGCCACCUACACCUGCUCCAUCAGAGAAUUUGGACGUGAACUGAGUCUGAGUGAUGUACAGCUGCAGGUCAAAGAACGGUUUCCAUCCUGGGCCGCAGCUCUCCUGGUUCUCCUGGUUCUUCUUGUGGUUUCUGGAGGACUUUUAUUUCAUUUCCGGCACUAUUUCAUGUCAGUUUAUAAGGUGGGGGUGGAUUCAGGGGUGGAGUCUGUCCAGCUGCCCUGCAAAACCACAAUUUGCCUUCCUAAAGAUGCUAAAGUGGAGUGGAAGGAAAAUUACAUGAUUGCCAACAUACCAAACGACAGGAAGGUCCACAUGUAUGAGAACGGCUCUGACCAGCCUGAAGAACAGGACGAUAAAUACAAGAACCGAACAAAGAUGAAGAGAAACUUACUGGAACCUGGAGACCUCAGUCUGACCCUGAAACACCCCACAGAUGGAGACAACUCCACCUACACCUGCACCGCCUACAGCAGGGAGGGAAACAUCCUGAUGAAGAAAGAAGUGCUGCUCACUGUCAUAGUCCCCCAGGUGGAGGUGGAUUCAGGGGUGGAGUCUGUCCAGCUGCCCUUCAACACCACACUUCACCUGCCUGAAGACGCCAAAGUGGAGUGGAACGACAAAUACGACACAAAGGUCCACGUGUAUGAGAACGGCUCUGACCAGCCUGAAGAACAGGACCAAGUUUACAGAGACCGAAUGAAGAUGAAUGAAGACCUGCUGAAAACUGGAGACCUCAGUCUGACCCUGAAAUACCCCACAGAUGAUGACAACUACACUUACACCUGCACCGUCUACACCCAGGCUGUGGGAGUCACACACAGAGGAGAGCCAGGUGUGGAGGCCGAGCAGCCGCCCAAACGCCCCACGGCCACAGGUGGGAGUGGGGCCGGAGAUACAAACACUACUGUGGGCUUGUUUCACAGCCUCACAAAGACACACAAAGUCCAGUUUGAGGAAGUGGGAGCGCUGUUUGGAAUCCGGUUUGUGCCCAUGUGGCUCUUCUGGGACGCUGAGGCGUUCCCCGAUGAGUCGACAGAAUCUCUCCAACGUGUCCUGGGUCCGCCCCGGGGUCUCCUCCCAGUCGGACGCCUCACCCAGACGCCCUUCAGAGGAAGCUCACGGAUGGCGUUCGUACCUUCAGCCUGA